UACAAAUUUCAAUUUAUUGCAUCAAGUACCAAUUACCAACUUGGCAACAAAGAAUAUUAAUAUUUGAACUCUGAAAUAAGUAUUUCACGAGACAGUAUCAUUAUACAUUUUGUAGAUGGAAGCAUUAAAAACUUACGAUGAUGAUAGUGACAAUAGUUCCUCUGAUGAUAACAAAGAUAAUUUCCAAACUACAAAUUGUGGGAUAAGAAUAAAAGAUGAUGCCCCACCCAUUAUAAAAGAUUUGUCUAAGGUACAUGUACCAAAAAAACUCAAACAUGAUUUCUUUAACAUACAAGAAUCAGAUAGUGAUGAGGAAUCUGAAACAAAAUCUAAGAUCAGAAAGAAGGGAAAUAUAGAAAUUACUGUGAGUAGUGGUGAAACUAUAACUGUGCCAGACGGUCGUUUCUGGGAACCAUUACCUACAGAAGUCAAACAGUCAAAUGAUUUAGAUGUAAAUCAGUCUGUUGAAAAUGCAUGUUCUAGGGAAAAAGAUUUUAGGUAUAAUUAUGAUCAGAUGUACACAGGUGAUAGCAGUAAAAGACAUGAAAGUAAAAAGUUGAUUAAAAGUGAUUCAAACAAAUUUGAUUGGAACAACUCUGAAAAUUCAAAUGCAUCUUAUGCAGCUAAUAAGGUAAAAUAUUUCUCUAAACGGAAUGAAUUAGUACAAAAAUCAAAUGACGAUGAUAAAAAUUGUAAAAUUAAUUGUGUUAACUCUUAUAAACCAUCUAUAAAAUUAUUUGAUAUUCAUGGAAAAAUAAAACCAUGGUUACAAAGACAAAACAUUAUUUGUAAAAUUCCCAGGGAAUGUGAAAAAUCUUGGAAAGCUCAUUCUGGUUCUGUAAGCACUGUAAAAUGGAAUGUAAAACAAUUUAGCCAUUUAUUGCUGUCUGCUUCUAUGGAUACCACAGUGAAAAUAUGGAAUGUUUGGAACAGACAGGAACCUUGUGUUCGCUUAUUAAACUUACACAGUAAAGGUGUUCAAGAUGGUGAUUGGAAUAGUUCUGGAACACAUAUCUUAACCUGCAGUUAUGACAAGUCAGCUGUUGUAACAGAUAUUGAAACGGGUGUAUCUACUGUGAAAUGUAAGCAUAGGAAUUUUGUAACAUGUGGAAAGUUUCAUCCAGUCAAUGAAAAUAUUUUCAUCACUGGUUCACUCGAUGAAAUAACAGCAUGGGAUACCAGACAAGGUGAUGAACCAAUCCACAGAUAUUGCUACAAAGACAAAAUAGGACAGAUACAAGAUGUAACCUUCAGUCAAGAUGGUAGUGAAUUUUUUUCAACAGGGGAUCUUGUUAGUCGUGAUUCGUCUGACAGAAAUAUCAUGGCUUGGGAUUUCGAUAAUGCUGUAGUUAAAUCAAACCAGAUAUAUCAGGAAAGAUACAGUUGUACAUGUCUAAAGUUGCAUCCAACAGAAUCCAACUUUCUAGCUCAGUCACAUGGAAAUUAUAUAGCAUUAUUCUCUGCAUCUAAACCAUACAAGAUGUGUAAAAGUCUAAGAUACGAAGGGCACAAACUUGGAGGAUACAAAGUAGGAUUUGACGUAUCACCAGAUGGAAGAUAUAUCAUUAGUGGAGAUUCUAAGGGGAAAUUAUACUGUUACAAUUACAGAAGUGGACAUUUAAUCCAGACUUUACAUACUCAAUUAGAUGUUAAUCUUAAUGUAGCCUUUCAUCCAUUAUUACCAUCUACUUUGGCUUGUUGUGGAUGGAAUGGCUUUAUAGAAUUAUGGCAUUAAAAUAUGUGUAAUUA